AUGAGCUCAGGGUCACUAUCACCUCCUGCAAGAACUACAUUACAAGGCUCUAAACAAGGAAGUGGUAAUAGUACUAAUACAAACAACAAUAGCACUUCAUAUAGAAGCAACAGCAAUGGUUCUGCCGCUAAUAACAACAAUAAUAACAAUAAUAACAAUAAUAAUAACAAUAAUAAUAACAAUAAUAACAAUAAUAACAAUAAUAACAAUAACAACGGCAAUAAUAGACCCAACCCAAGGUCAAAUAUAAACAAUGAAACAAAAAAUUUAAUACGACAGAGAAAUAAUAAAUUGGUAGAAUUAUACUGUGUAUCAAGAUUAAGCGAUUUUUUAGAUAUUACUGAUGAUUCUAUAUUACGAAAGCAAAUCCAUUCUUUUUUAAAUAAAAAUGAUAUUGAAAAAGGUAUAAAGUUUCAACCCCAAACACUUCCGGACUUUAAACAAAAGAGUCCAACAAACUCAGUAUCACCUGUUCCCCUUAAAAAUCAAAAGAAUACUAGUAUAACUACCACAUCCUCUAAUACACUCCCAAGUGCUAAUAUAUAUAACAAUUCAAUUAAUUCCAAUACCAUUAUUUCAAAUAAUUCCACUAAUAAUAAUAUUAAUAAUAAUAAUCGUGUAAAUUUACAACCAACUUCAUUAACAUCCUCAAAUGACAAACCCAAAAUACUUCGAAAUAAAAAAGAUCAAAAUAAAUUAAAUACUUCUGAAAAUACUUUAAAGCGACCUUCAUCUGCCAUCGGUUUAGAAUCUGACAAUAAUAGAAAUACAAAAGUUAGCAAAACAGAUAAGUUGAACGCUAGUAUUUCUAUCAAAGAUGCAGGUACAUCUAAUAAAGCUAAUUUUGAUGAAAACAAAAAUACGAAUAUAAGCACUGAUACUACAAAUGAUAUAUUUAAAAAAAUGUCUCAAUCACAACUUCCAAAUAAUAUAAAAACAAACAUUAUUCCAUGUAAUAAUAGUGCUGAUAACUCAAACACUACUAGAUCAAAUUCUACAAAUAAUUCAUCUACAAUUAAUAAAAAUAUUAAUAAUCAUUCGCAUCCCCAUCAUUCAAGACCAUUCACAAAUCAAUUAUCAAAUCGUCAUCCUAAUUAUGUGCUUGAUGAGUCAUUAGAACCCCCAAAGCCUACCCCAAUCCAAUUAAAGGAGCUUUAUUCAAAUAAAUUAUUAAAUAAGUUAUUUAAACUUAAAGAUGAUGAUGAUCUAAAUAUAGACUCAAACAAUAAUAUCAAUUUGUUUUCUAAUAACUCUCAAUUUACAGAUUUUUACAAUUCAAAAAAUGCAAAUUCAAAAGAUAUAAAUUAUUUAUUGAUGAAAGAAACUUUACCCUCAAAAUUACCACAAGCGAUUCCACUUACAGAGUUAAGAUACCUAGCUCAUACCUUACCACUAAUAAGACUAUUACCAAUGGCUCAUAAAGUAUUAACAACUGAUAUAAUUAACAACGCAUUAAAUGAAGGUAGAAUCACAGUGGUAUCUUCAAGAAUAGAAGAAUUGAGAAGAUCAGGGUUAUGGUCUUUGAGGCAGCCAAAAAAAUUUUUAGAUCCAUGGGAUUCUUUUCAAUCACAUAAUAAAAUAUUAUUAAACGAGGCAAAGUGGCUACAGCAGGAUUUCAUUGGGUUGUUGAGACAUAAAGUUGCCAUUUGUGCAACAUUAUCACAAGCCAUCAUGGAUUAUUGGACUUAUGGAAAAGUGUGUUGUAUCAAAAUAAAACCACCAGAUAAUCCAAUUAGUGAAAACAUCCAAGAUUCUGAUAUUAAUAGUUCAAUUGAAAUAGAAAAUACUUCCCAUAAUAAUACAAAUCUACUAGAUAAAAAAAAUAACGAUGGCGAAACAGAUGCGACUGAUCGUCUAGAUGAAAUUACACCUGACGAAAGUAAGUCACUAAGAUCUCAAUCCAAUGACACUCUAUUAUCUGUUCCAGUGAUCAAUACAGAAUUGUUGUUAAAAACCCCUAAAUCAUCUGCAGAUCCAAUUCUACCAGUACUGCCUACUACGACGGAGGAGGAUUAUCAGAAUUAUCUGAAUAGUCAUAAAUCUAAUCCAAAUAUUUUUAAAGUUUACAUUGGAAAAGAUGAAUUUAACUCGUUAGAACUCAAACUCUUUGAUUCAAUCCCAGUUUAUAAAGGAAUUGACUGUAAAACUGCAAAACAUAAUAAAAAAUCGAAUGAUGAUUUGCAAUUACCAUUUGAUCUAAUCUCUAAGUCAUUAGUAACUUUAGAAGAUGAUCAAUAUAUGAAAUUAAUUGAAAAGCAAAUUAUAGAUGAUGAGCCAUCUUUAACUCCAUUAAGUAAAAAGAGAGGCCUAUUUAAUGGUAAUACAAGAAAUCAUUAUUUACAUCCACCCCAAGCACCUCCUCUAAAAUAUUUACAAUUUAGAACUCCUACUAUUUGGCUUCCUGAAGAUGACCAAGAACUAGUUAAAAAUAUCAAUGCUUAUUCUUAUAAUUGGGAAAUAAUAUCCUCUCAAAUGAUUCAUGAUAGGAAUCCUCACUAUAUUUCUAAUAUGGAAAGAAGAACUCCCUGGCAGUGCUUUGAAAGAUUUGUUCAAUUGAAUGAAAAAUUCAAUUUUAAUGAUUUAAAAGGUCCUCGUACUUACUCUGCUCAACAAUGGCUGAUUGAAGCUCAUAAGUUCCAACAAAAACAGAAUAGAAGAAUCUCUCCUCUUGGUGUUGGAAUUGAUUCAAUUCAAAGAGGGCAUAGGAAACUUCGUUGGGCUAGUAUGUUCGAAGCAAUGAGAAAGUGUAUCAAGAAAAGGGAAAAUCUACCAAGGCCCAAUCCUUCUCAACCCCGAAAACCGCUGGAUAUCAAGCAUUUGAAGGUCCCAACUCCGGCUGAAAUGUCUCAAUUGAAGGCUCAAAGAGACGAGGCCAUUAGAAGGGAUAUUCGAUUAAGGAGAAACGUUAAGAACAAAUUACAACAGCAGCAACAGCAAAUACAAAGACAACAGCAACAGCAACAGCAACAGCAACAGCAACAGCAACAGCAACAGCAACAGCAACAGCAACAUCAACAUCAACAUCAACAGCAACAGCAACAGCAACAGCAACAAAAUCAUAAUCAAGACCAAGGUGUAGACCAACAUUCAAAUCAAAAUCCAGACCAAAAUCAAAAUCAGUCCCAGAUCCAGAUCCAAAAUUCAGUGCAUAAUAUGAACUCAACUCAAAACAGAAAUGGAAAUCCAUCUCAAAACCAAGUUUCUAAUCAAAUCCAAACUCAAACUAAUAACCAAAUUCAAAAUAACAUCCCAAAUCAAGCUACUAAUUUAAACCAAAUUUCUACUUCACUGCAAAACCAAACUAAUAUAAAUAACCAAUUAAAUCAAUUACAAUCAAAUUUUGCGAACGUACCAAUAAACUCCUCUGAAACACGUAAUGAUUCAAAAUUUAACAAUAAUUCUUACCCCUCUGAAACAAAUAGAAAUACAUUUUUAAUUAAUAAUGAUAAUGGCAGAGCCAUCUCAGGAAAUAAUAAUCCCAUUAACAACGAUGUGACGCGUAACAACAACAAUGCUAAAAAUAAUAUAAACAAUAAAUUACCACUCUCUGAACGUGAAAUCAUUGAAAGCUACUAUAAAAAAAUUUUACAACAAAAGCCAGAUUUGCCAAAAGAAACAGCGUUGAAUGCAGCAGAAAAUUACUAUAGAGCUGUGAAAAUGCGUCAAGAGAAACAAAUGCUCCAGCUGCAACAACAAGCUAUAGUAAAGCAACAACAAAAUUCAACCCCAAACCCAAUGCAGCAACAUAUUCCACAGCAACUGCAACAAUCACAACAACAACAACUUCAACGCCAGCAACUCCAACAACAGCAACUUCAACAACAACAACAUAACAACCAUCAAUAUCAACCACAGCAAAUUCAGCAACAACAACAACAACAACAUAACAACCAUCAAUAUCAACCACAGCAAAUUCAGCAACAACAACAGCAGCAGCAGCAGCAGCAGCAGCAGCAAUAUCAACAGUAUCAACAAUUGCAAGCCCAACAACAACUUCAACAACGCAUGUCUUCUCCCUCAUCACAAACAAUUAAUCAAUCAUCACUAUCACAGACUUCUCACAACUUAUCACAAGUACACUCACCUACACAGCUACAAGAUCAAGCACAGUUACAAACUCAGCUUCAAAAUCAAAUUCAAGCACAGUUAUUAACAAAAUUAGACCCAUCACAAAUGAAUACUGUUGUUGAUAAGAACCAUCAAAUUAAUUCUCCAAAUAUGACACUAAAUAACACUAAAUUACAUUCAUCAACAGCUUCACCUAAAUCUAGUAUUCAAUCACCUACUCCCGGUGAAAUAUUGCAACGGUUUCAAAAAUAA